UUAGUUUUUACAUGCCAUUUUUAAAAUAAAGUGUAAUUAAUCGGCGUUUCUGUUAAAAUGUGUUUUAAAUAGACCGAUUCUUCGAUUUUUCAAUGCAUAAAAUUGUUUAUAAAGUAUACGGAGAGACAAAGUGCGCAUUAUACCCCGCCCAGGAAAUAUGGCUACAGAAAAAUCUACAGUUAUGGAGAACCUCACACAAAUGGAAGAUAAAGUAGACAUAAAAAUAGAAUCAAAUGAAUUCUCCACAGAAAUAAAAUUUGAAACUGACAAUUCUGUUAUAAAGGAUGAUAAUCCUUUUCAAGACGUCCAAUUAGAAUUAAAAGAGGAACUCCCAGAAAAUGAGCAGAGAAUAGAAGAAGAAUACCCAUUGGAGUACACAAAAAACAUAGAAAAAACAAAAGACACAGAAGCAAAGGAAAUUGAUGUGACUGAAUUGAAAACAGAGGAGUUUACUUUAAAGUUAGAAAGAGAGCAGGAAGUUUUAUCUGAAGAGGAUCCUUCGCAGGACGAAGGUAGCAUGGACAGUGAUAACGCAGUCGCUCUUCAUAAUGUGGAAGCGUGCUUAGAGGAUGAAGAAAUUAAAACAGAGGAUUAUGUGGCAAUUGAUCACAACAAUGCGAAGUAUAAAAUGGAUCUAUGUGUCACAGAAACGAAUCUCAUUUCCAACAAGCUUAUAAAGACAACUUCUACAGUCACUAUGCCUUGCGAAGGUGUUAUUGAAUCACAAACCACGAAAACCUUGAUUAUGGAAAUACAUCCCAUGGUGCAAACCGAUGGAAUAUCGAGAAUCAACCCUGAGGUUAUAUUACCAACCAAUGAAGAUGCUGGUGAGGACAUCUACGACGAUUUCCAAUUGAAUUCCAUCACAGGAGAUAUACUGCCGCUAGAACAGGAGCUGCUGCAAGCGAAAAAGAAAUUGAUCAACGCUGACUACCAAUAUGUAUGUCCAAAAUGUCCCAAAGUGUGCAGCAGUCAGUCGGGCUUGAGGAGACAUCUAAGCGUUCACGAUUGCAUCGAGAGGAGGGCCAGAGGUGUCAUGCAAGGCAUCCAAACAAGAAUCCAAAGGAAAAACAUGAAUAUGUACAAAAAAGUUCUUAAAAAAGAAAAACCGAAAGUGGAUGUGGCCCAAAAGCAAAUGCGAAAAGAUCGCCUCGAAAAAAGAUUGCAGAGGAUACAGAAGUCUGAAAUCGAGAAACUGGCUAAGAAUUUAAAUAACGACAAUAAUUAUAAGAUAGAAAUUGAAAUAAAUGAUAGGAACGAUAAUGUUAAAAGAGAGGGCUACGUAUGUGUUUGUGGACAAGUGUUCAAACGUAAAAGCAGGAUGGAAACAUGUCGUCGAUCUCACGAGUAUAAUGAUACUGACAUGGAUAGUACCUGUCACUCUUGCGUGUCCUGCUCAAAACAGUUUAAAGAUAAGCAGGAGCUAAUAACUCAUAGAAAGAGGUUGCACAGAAAAAGGUUUCCCUGUAAAUUCUGUCCCACCGAUUAUAACACUAGAAAGGAACUGUUCAAACAUUUACAAAUACAUCAGGCGGUCCAAUUGACAGAGUACAAAGUUAUAUCAGAAGUGGUGAAGGGGAGGCAGAAAAUGAAAUGUUUCAUGUGCAGCAAUUCGUAUACGGAACUAUCGUUUUUGAAAUCCCAUAUAAUGGAGGAACAUAAGCCGCCUUAUACUUGCCAACUUUGCAAUGAGCACUACAGUAAAAUCGUCGAGUUUUGUAAUCACAUUAAGACAAAUCAUCCAGAUAUAGAAGGCCAGCCUGUUUUGGACGUUUUGGAGGCUUUCUCCAAACUGGUUAAAGCUUGGAAAUGUGAGGAGUGUGACUUACAAUUCCAUGAGGCUGAUAAGCUUGCCAAGCACCAGAUUGAACAGCACAGUCCAGAAAUGAAAUCUGAUGCUCAAUUCCAGUGUUCAGACUGCCAUAGAAUGUUCGUGAGUCAAAAAGGUCUUACUUCCCAUGCGAGAAUACAUCACAGUAUAGAGAAUAUUGAGUCAGAACCGAUUUCUGGAGUUAUGUGCGUUGAAUGCCGGAAAAUCUGCAAAGAUAUGGACGCUUUAACAUCACACAUGCGCCUACAUUCCCCAGAACGAAAGUAUCCAUGUAAAUUCUGCGACUUUCGCUUCACCACGCCUGAAAAGAGAAAAGCUCACGCAGAAAUCCAUACCGGUGAUAUGAAAUUUGUAUGCUUCAUAUGCGAGUACCAAUGCAGCUCAGAGAACAGGUUGAAACAACACAAAAUGUCUCUAAAACAUGCUAACAUGAAGGAGUUUUUGCUGACUGGAAAGCCUCUUUUACAAGAGGAACCCUCUACGUCCAAGAAAGAGAAAGACGAAGCGAAAAAGAGAAAGAAAGAUACGUCGUCAGAUGACGAAACUGAAGUAAUGUGUGAUAUUUGUGGAGAAAAGUUUUCGAGUAAGAAGAAAAUGUUGAAGCAUAAAAAUUCGCAUCCGUUUAUAGAAUUUCCGAACGAAGAUACACCGACUAGAAUAUUUUUUAAAUAGUUCUUGCCGUUAUAGGCCCAUGCUCGUUAAAAUAAAAAGAAUGUUUUUUUUAAGGCAGCUAGCUAUAAGGGCGUGGGCGUUAUUUCAUGCCAUAUCAACAAAGUUUAAAAGCAGAUCUCCAAAACUAGGGACCAGUGAUAGUAUUUUUUUUAUGUUUCUUUAUAUUAGAUAGGUUUUUUG